AUGUUUAUCCUUCGCAAAGAUAAUGAACGGAAACCAUUGGUUGACCGACCGACCGACCGACAGACAUCAGCAAAGCAAUAUGCCCUGCCUCCUUCGAAGGAGGGCAUAAUAAACAUCGACAAAAUCAACUCCCAAUAUGAUAUAAUCUUCUUCAUAUCCGACCAUGUUUUUUUUCUUAUACAAAGACUUUAUUGCACUAUAAAAGGAAAGGAAAUCCCUUUCGACAGAGAUACCUUGAUACCUGCAGGGAAUGUUGCAUAUGGACUGGCAUGGACUUAUGUUCUGAACUAUCUAACAUUCGUUCUGAAAGGAUUGGGUGAUUCUAUCAUCAGAGCUGUAGAGAAGCACAACAAAAGCUCUUCCAUCUACAAAGAAAAAGUGUACAUUUUGGUUCCUUUUUCUUGUGAUUGUAAAGCCAAACUGAGUGAUGCUGAUGACAGUAUAUCAUAUUUGGACACCAUCCAUCCAGUUUAUGUUGAUCACAGUGGCAACAGUCGAAAAUAUAGUUUUGACAUGUACAAAUUUGUUGACAAUAAUGAAGAGUUUGUAUUUGUCGGCCAGUAUGCAGCAGCCGUUACAUGCCUGGACGACAUGUGGAGGGUGAGGAUUGCAGGACUGAGUGAAGCAGAUAAGAUCAAACAGGCCAAGAUAUUCUGUGAAGAGGUUCAGACCACCCUGGCACAGAAGUUGAUAGAAUAUGCUCAUUUCUGUGAGAUUGUCUCUUAUGAUGAUAGAAAUUACUCACUUUCCGAGGAAAUGAAGAGGAGACUGAAACAUACACCUUGUGACGAAUCAGAUUAGUACAGAAAAAGGACAAUGAGAAGUACAAUGUUGAAGUACAUGUAUACAGUCAUAUAGAACAUGACAUAAAUUUACCUAUAACUGGAUGUCAUUCCAUAUUCCAGUACAAUGCUUUUCUGGAUUUACUAGACCUUGAGUUAUAUUUUUUGAAUGUACUGUUACAGUUAGCUGCAGGACUGUAGC